AUGGUUCUUUUAACAUCCUCCACGGUUUCGGCCAUUGUGUCGAUGGGAGUAGUCUGCAUAUUUACCAUCUUGUUAUUUUUCUCUGGAUAUGUUUUACAGCAACAAUCUGUCAAGAAUAUUCAGCAUGCCUUGAAACCCCAAGAAGCUGCCCAAAUGGCCAGACACAGAUCGGGCCCCGCAUUUCAGAAGCCACUAAAACGAGAUCUGUCAGACUCGGAUUAUGGAGAUGAUCAAGAUACAACAAUUGGAACUCAACCCAACUACGGCGCAGCAAAGAACUUUGCCUAUCUCCAAAUGCUAUCCGAACCAGAUCCAUCAGAUAUCUGCUCGGCAAUCCUCUUCUUCAAGAAACUCUCCACAAAUGGGACAGUCGUCCAAGACCGCCUCUUCGUGUACCCAGAGCAAUGGGAUCGAAUGUCAGCUAAAACACUGGGCCCUUCUGCUACAAAAGCGUUAUCAAUAUUACGCGCCGCUAGCGCAAAAUAUAAUAUCUGGCUCCUUCCAAUCGACAUGUCAGCCGCCACAGCUGCAGGCUAUACAACAACAAACAGCAAGCUCCUCCACCUGGGUCAGAUUCAAUUCAUGCAGUACGACAGCGUCUUAUAUGUUCAAACCCCCGGUCUACUAUUAGACACAGGCAAACUAGACAAUAUGCUCUUGGAUCGGCCCCUGCCCCUCCGCCACGACAAAAAUCGCCCUGAGUCCUAUAACAACGAGGCAUGGAUCCCUAUGCCGCUUCGUGCAAAUCGUGAAGCAAACCCCCCGCCUGUCUACUUAAUCACUGUCAAUAACAUCGAAAAUGGGAAUGUUGAGGCACGGACUCAUGUUCCCAAUGUUGCAUUGCCUGGUUUUGGUGGUCUCGUGGUUGGACCUCAGGGAGCUGCUAGCGCGGCGAAAUUGGCAGAUGCCGAGCAACCUGGCUAUGUCUAUUUUGACAACGAUCGUGAUGGACAUGUUAAAUGGGACAACAAUCCCUACUUUGGGACCUGGCGAUCUCAGCAAGCUGAAGUUUGCGAGGGAUUGAACUUUGAUGAAGUCAUUCAUGACGAGCAAUGA